AUGGAUCACCCUCCCGCAGGACCGUUUGGAGGAGGGGAGUGCCGCUGCACUGGUAUACGUUUUUGCCAGCACUGCAUAGAUUCAGAUCGUGCACAGUCUAUAGUCAGGCGGCACGUUUCACUCGCAAACGCAUCUGAUGUCGUUCUACGGCAAUAUACUGACCAGCGAAUGUCCUCAUGCUCCUUCGCUUGCGUGGGACCUAGUCUGCUUUCUAUGUGCUGCGCAUGUAGGACCGUUUUUGAAACGGCUGGUGGAGUACUAAAGUGCUGCGGAGAUCACAAAGGUUUUAUCGCGCGAACUGAUAUCGAACUAUCCGGAUUAACGAUCCAACCAGGGUUUGUUUCUCCUAAUGAAGAAGAGUACCUGGUGGCAUUCUUUGAUAAUCCAGCCCCCUUUGCUGCCUGGAAAGUUUCACAAAGCGGAAGGAGGAAACAGGAGUACGGGCCUAAGGCCAAUUUUAAGAAACGGAAGUUGAAGGUGGGUGAUUUCCGAGCCUUGCCGCAUCAGAUGAAAACGACUCUGGACAGGGUCCGGUCCUUUGUUGCAGAACAAACGAUGAGGGAAUAUUGUAUUGUGGAAGUAUCAGUUUUGGAAUAUACGGCUGAGUGUAGUUGUUUGGAUCCUCACAUCGACGACACGUGGCUAUGGGGUGACCGCAUUGGUGGUCUUAACUUGUUGGAUGACGUUACUUUAACAUUUGUGAGCGCUGAUGAGGUCGCAGUGACCGUGUUUGUCCCACGUGGUGCUUUUUUUCUGCUAACCGGUGUAAGCCGCUACGAAUGGAUGCAUGGCAUACGGCGUGAGGAUGUUAAAAACCGUCGUGUGUCUGUCACAUUCCGGGAGUUUGCCGACAAUUUGGUCGUUGAUCAAGAAAUACUUAAAACUAUCGUAAUGUCCGCUACGACAUUCAUUUAG